AACUUUUCAGCUGGGCCAUCAAACAUACAGAUCACAGGCCCACCCAGUCUGACCAGCGGUGCUGCUUCCAUCUUUACCUGCUCAGCUGACUGCUACCCCUCCUGCAGCUACUCAUGGACUGUUGUCCUGGAAGGAGAGGUGUUCGAUACUGCGCAAGGAAACACAAUUUCUGUCACUCCACCUGCUAGUACGGUCGCCUCGGAAACUCUCAUCUGUCAAGCUGAGGACACCGUCUCACAUCUCUACAUUUCUACGACUCUUUUGGUGUAUGUGGCAACCGUAGCUGAUAUUAGCAUUGCUGGUGAAAGCACAGUGACUAUGGGACAGCUGUCCACAUUCACAUGCUUGGUCGCAUGCAUCCCGACCUGCAGCAUUACAUGGCAGUACAUGGGGAAGUCUUUCCAGGGUGACCAAGUCAAUAUACCCAUCUUGUAUCAGGGGAAUACAACAUACAUUGAAAAUAAGCUGCAUGUGACUUUUAGUAACUACCCUACUUCUAAAAUUGAGCCUCUGACCUGUGUGGCCACCAACACUGAAUCUCUGGCUACCAUUACCGCCACUAUGAACCUCACUGUCAUUGACCCCAUGUCAGUCCACCCCACCUCCCAGGCCCUACCAGUGGCAGGGAUGUCUUUCUCUCUGCAGUGUGAUGGCCCUCAGAACCCAGCCUCCAUUACAUGGCUAAAGAACAACAGCCCAAUGCCAGCGAAUGAAAGAGUGCAUUUCUCCCCUGAAAACAUCACGAUGACCUUCAAUCCUCUCCUGGAGGAAGAUGAUGGUUUAUACCAAUGUGUGGUGGGAGAGGGGGGGCCCCCCAUCCAGUCUGUUGGCUACAAUAUGCAAGUAAACUACGGACCAAACGAUGUGAUCAUUGCAGGACCAGAAUCUCUUGAAAUUGGGGUCACAGCGAGCUUCACGUGCUCAGCCGAGUGCUCUCCUUCGUGUAGCUUCUCAUGGACAUUGUACGGGAAGACAGUAACGGGUAGUGUGAUUGACAUCACUGUGAACCGCCACGUUUUAAAAGAGUCCAUCAGCUGCCAGGCUGAGAACACACUCACUGGGAAGACGGUGGUGGUCAAUGACUCGCUCAGUGUCUCAGAUCCUCACUGGUGUGGAUGCUGAAACACUGGACGAACUGUACUCAGCGCAAUCUACAUUCUCCUGAUCUGCAACAGUGUGCAGUUGUACCGUGUGGCACAAAGUUAUAGAUUGGUAAUCCUUUUAUUAAUGACACUUUUGAAUGGCUAUAUUUGCUCAAGCAUUGCUUACUCUUGACUAUGAAGGACCUAAACAGGGCGUUUCCCUACCCUUUGCACAAUGCAUGUUGGGCCAGGUUCCAACCUCUUUGUGACCCUGAACAAGAUUAGAAAAGUAUAGAGAAAGGACCUAUGGAGCGUGUGCUUGAGUAAUACAUUGUUGGGUUUUAAUUACAUAAGGCUAAUCUAAUUUUCUUUCAUGAUGUAUUCCCAUUUGUCUUGCCAAACAAUAUGCACUAUUAAUAUACUUAAUAAACAAUGAACA